AUGACCGUUCCUUUUAGGAAAAAGGUGCGAACCCGUGGAAGCGUUUUUGGCCUUUGGUCCCCCGACAAAUCUGUUGCCCUAAGCAGAAAAUGCAAUCAUUCUCCACCUCGUUCAGUGGUCUCCGACACACCUACACUAGAGCCUCGCAUCACUACAAGUCGCAACAGAGAUAGAUUGAAACGCCGACUAGCACGGAGUGGUUCGAAGCUUUUAUCAUUACUCAGGCUGGGUAGCUCUUUUAAUACCACUGCUGACCAUACAACUGCAGGCAAUAAGAUGAGUGUACCUGUACAGUCUGGCUCUUGUGAAAAUACCCCGAGCACCGAACGAGCUCACAGCCCAUUGUUUCCAUGCACAUGUCCAGACCACAUACCCGUAUUUUUGACGAGUGAUUACACACCAGAGACUUUAUUGUCAACUGUCUCUCCCACUGAGAGCACCCACCCAGCCAUAGCCAUUCCCUCUACUUCCACUGGAGCAGACUGUACAUCGGCAACUGGAACAUUUGAACAUCAUGAAGAUGUUUUGAAAAGCCCCAACGAGAGGAGAAACUCCAAUCCCGGCGAACUGCAGGGCCGAUCGAGCCCUAAGCUGGUAGAGCGGCUCUCUCAGCGAUUCUCCUUGCCAUUUGUUAACCCUACAACAAUCAUUCAUCGUACCCACCUUCGCGCUAGAGCAAACAUCAUAUUUCCUGAACCCCCAAUAACAUCUACCACAAGGAAGCAGGGUGAUGGAGCCAAUGACAGCUCGGAGCCUUCAGUACUGAGUAGCGGCAGCUCCCCGCUUGGAUACUCGACCCCGCCGACUCCGUCUACCUUUGCAGAACCCAUUAACUCGAUUGACAAGAAAACUCCCCUGGUAGCUGACUGGUCCACAUUUGCUGGUCACAGUUCAGAGGCCAACAUCUUCGUCGAUCCCACGUCGCCCACCAAACCUUCAAUCUCGACUGUUGAGUCCGCCUCCGUGGCAAAGAUAUUUCUGGAGCUCUACUUCAACUCGGUUUUCCAAAACGUUAACCCACGCUUACAGCGGAAACGUGAGCUUGAGCAACAUAUCUACACGUUCCAAUUGACACCUGAGGAACAAAUGGCAACCCGAUGCAGUUGGCUUCUUCAGGAGAGCGAUUACUUGCGCAAAUCCCGGGCCUUGAAAACAAGCAUGCGAUCCACUUGUGGAAAAAAAGCCAUCAGUGUUGCAGGAUAUGAGAGCAUAAAAGUCUUGGGCAAGGGCAGCUUCGGCGUGGUGCGCCUUGUACGCGAUAAGGAACCCAGCAAACAAGAUCCUGCCGAUGAGACUGCUUCGAUUGAAAAGGCUGACCUCGCAAGUCCAAGUACUAGCCCCUUUGAUAUGCUGAAAUCGGCUGUGGAUGUGACCAAAAUUCGCCGUAGAAGACUCAUGACCAGUGAAAAGAAGAGUUUCUACGCCAUGAAAACGAUCAAGAAAUCUGAAAUGAUCCACAAUUGUCAAGAGGGUCAUAUUCGAGCCGAGAGAGACUUUCUUGUUGCAUCGGAAAAAUCUCGCUGGGUGGUUCCAUUAAUCAACAGCUUUCAAGAUGAUAAUUACCUGUAUCUCGUUUUGGACUACAUGGUUGGUGGUGACUUUCUCGGGCUUUUGAUUCGCAAAGACAUACUUCGUGAAGAUUGGGCAAAGUUUUACAUUGCUGAGAUGAUUUUGUGCAUCGAGGAAGCUCAUCGGCUGUGCUGGAUUCACCGGGAUAUCAAGCCAGAUAAUUUUCUCAUCUCUGCCUCUGGUCAUCUCAAAAUUUCCGACUUUGGCCUGGCUUUUAACGGACACUGGUCUCAUGACCAAGCGUAUUACAAUAAUUACAGACAAAGUCUGGUUGAAAAACUCGGAAUCACAGUGAUAGGUGAUAAAGCUGACCAAAAGGAGGCUAAAAAGCACCCCAAGCUUCAAGUGAAUACACAUUUCUUGAACGAGCAACAGCAAGGUGCUCCGUCGACAAACAUUUUGGGCUGGCGAAAUAGCAAAGAAAGGCGAUGCUUCGCAAAGAGUGUGGUUGGAACCAGCCAAUAUAUGGCACCAGAAAUCAUUAGAGAAGAGAUGUACGAUGGUCGAUGUGACUGGUGGAGCUUGGGUAUCAUUCUUUACGAAUGUUUGUUUGGCUACACGCCUUUUGCCUGCGAGACUCGACAUGACACUAAGAUGAGCAUUAUUGCAAGUCCUUCACAAUUCCUUUGGAAGGCCACCUUACAAUUUCCAAUGGACAAGCCUUCUGAUAAACUUGUGUCUCGCAACGCCAUUGACCUCAUUUUCCGGAUCCUCCAAGAGCGUCAAUUCCGACUCUCCUGUCCAAGUUACCAGGCGAAUAAUCAGCUGAUUGGCCAUCCUGUCUCACCAGAGUAUAUGUACUCCAUGAAUUCAAAAUACAGGAGUGUCACAAGCUACUUCGUGUAUCCAAACGAUGCAUCAGAUAUCAAGUCACAUCCAUUCUUCAGGGGUAUCCGAUGGGGCGACCUUCACCUGGUUCAACCACCACUCAUCCCGAGGGUCCAUGACUGGGAAGAUACCAGAUACUUUGAUGACUGGAAAGAUCUGGAGGAUAUGGGCCAGGAGUCAGAUGAUAACACAUCAAAUGCAAGCUGCGAAGAACUUGAUACAAAGCCGAAUGACGAGCAAGAAAAAGUCUCACUGGCACGAAACCUGGCUCCUUCUCAGAGACCUGUGGGUGCAGUACCCACAGCUCAAGCAAAGCUUUCACCCAAGGAGCUUGAGAAGAACAAGGAGAAGAAAAAGAAAAGACCUCGGGAUAAGAUUUUGCGAGAUAAGAAAGUUGGCAAGGCGGCCUUCGAGAUACGCAAGAGAGGUGCCUUUUUGGGAUAUACAUACCGGCGGCCAUCAGGGCUAGCCAUGGCUCUUAGUCUGGAACGAGGACGACAGCCAUUUGCCAGAGGUCAGCUGGCGGAGCUACAUCCUCUAUAA